AUGUCGCGCGAGGCACCCGACCCAAACACCACGUCUCUCUCAGCCAAACCCCUUUCGACUCCGAAACUCCGCAGCUGUAUCGUCUGUCGCGCCCGAAAAGUCCGGUGCGAUAAGCUCUCGCCCUGCUCGAACUGCCGUCGCGCGAAUAUCGCCUGCGUCGUCCCCUCCUCCCACCGCAGUCCACGAUGGGCUCGUCGUCUCGAACGCGUUGCCAACGAUGCCGCCGCACAGCCCGAACCGGCGACGACUCAGGUCAUGGAGAGAUUGCGAACACUGGAGAACCUGGUCAAGGAGCUGAGAGGGCAGCUGGAACAGGCAAACGCUGCUGUCGCUCGGUCGGGGGCGGGCAGCUCUGGAGUCAACUCUCCGGAAGACCUGACUCACGAUCAUGAUGUCGAUCACCAGCGAAGCCUGUCUGGUGGGACCACGCAGAAUGAUGUUCAGGUUCGGGUCGGCAGACUGGUCGUGCAAGACCAGGAUCGCACUCGCUACGUGAGCAGCGGCUUCUGGUCCCGCGUCAACGACGAGAUAGAUGGCUUGAAAAUCGACAGUGAGCACUUCGACUUCGACGGUUACGAUACCUCGGAAGACGAGUCAUCGCCAGGCAAAUCCCCAUCUACCCAAGAACUCGACCGCACGCCGUCCGAACGCCAUGCAUUCCUGUUUCGACACAAUCUCAACCCUUCCGCUGUGGACCUGCGUGAAUUACACCCUUUGCCGUCUCAGAUCCCAUACUUCCUUGACGUCUUUUCGGAGAAUAUCAACUCCAUCGUUCGGAUCGUUCACGGUCCGACCGUGGCGAAGAUGAUUCGUGAUCUGCGCGGCCAACCCAUGUCCAGCCUGACGCCCUCCAACGAGGCUCUGAUGUUUGCGAUCUACUAUGCUACAGUCACCUCCAUGGAGGAGGAAGAGUCCAUGACCAAUUUCGGAGCGGCCAAGAGCGAUCUCAAUCUCAAAUACCGACUGGGACUCGAGCAUGCAUUGGCGAAGGCGGAUUUUCUCAACGCGCCCAAUCUCAUCCUGGUCCAGGCAUUGGCUAUCUUUCUCUGCGUCGCUCGCCGUCACGACAGCCCCAGAUUCGUCUGGAUGAUGGCGGGAAUCGCCAUCCGCAUAGCCCAGGCCCUUGGAUUGCAGCGCGACGGCUCUCACUUCAAGCACCUGACACCGUAUGAGGUCGAAAUGCGACGGCGAGCCUGGUGGGCCCUCUGUCUGAUUGACGUGAGGGCAUCGGAGGACCAGGGAACGGACUACACGAUCGCAUACGGCAGUUUCGACACGAAGCUUCCUCUCAACCUCAACGACGCAGACAUCGGGCCUGAAACCGCUGAAAUGCCGCCAGCGCGCCAGGGUCUCACGGACAUGACGCUCCCCCUCGUCUCGUACGAAACCUCCAAUCUCACAAAAGAGAUGAUGACCCGCAGCGUCAAGGACGGCGCAUCCAGCAUGGAAGAACAGGACCGUCUGCUCGGCGAAAUUUACGCGAAGCUGGAUCGAGGCUACCUGCGAUAUUCAGUGGAGUCGGACAAUAUUGCCUACUGGGCUACAACCGUCAGCACGCGCCUUAUGAUGGCGAAGAUGGCCCUUUUGAUUUACCUCCCGAUUCUCUCGCCUUCCGCCGGCGAGCAGUUCUCCGAGGCAACUCGCGCAAAGCUGUUUGUCGCAUCGAUCGAGAUCGCGGAGUACAAUCAUGCCCUGAACGCUGAGCCGGCGUGCCGGCACUGGCGCUGGGUCUUUCAAACCUACACCCAUUGGUAUGCCAUCGUCUUUCUCUUGCUUGAGAUCACCCGACGGUCGUGGUCGCCUCUUGUUGAGAGGGCCUGGGUAGCACUUCAUAGCCAAUGGUUGAUCCCAGCUCAAUCACACAUGGACAAGAACCUGCGCAUCUGGAUUCCUCUGCGAAAACUUAUGGCUAAGGCGCGGAAACAUCGCGACGUGGAGAUUGAGCGUCUCCGAGGUGAUCCUCAGGAUGCCGACCGGCUGGAAACCGGAGAUCACGACUUGCCUGUCCCGAUGAGCUGUGGGCCGUUUCCUAAUGGCUCCGAUGCUGUCCAUCUGUUUGAUAACCGUUGGCGUCAGCUAGUCGGGGCCGCACGGGAAACUGGGGGCCAUAUGGAAAUGACUGAUGCGUCAACGCUAGAUACCAGGCCCCCGGAGCAGCUGGCUUCUACAGUCCAGCCAGAAGCCAGCUCUUUCCCCGCGUGGGGUGUUCCUGGCAAUUCAGUGUCCAUUCCUACCUUCGACUCGUCUUAUCCUGAUGUCGAUGCAAUUUCUGGAUUACGGGAUCUGACAAAUGAUGUACACACGUUCAUACCGUCGGUUGGCCCCGGCGACGUUCCCCUGGAUCAAGCCCUGACUAGCGAUUCUCACGACGCUUCCUUUGGCCCUGGCUUUGUUCCCUGGUCAUGGGAUGAUGCUAUUGAUGUUAAUAUGGACCUGGAUGGUGAGGUGAACUGGCUUGAUUGGCUCAACUCUACCAAGAAUGUGGAAUGA